UACCCCAUAUGGAAAAAGGAUGACACCAAGUCCCAAAAAAAUCCCAAUACAUGUAAAUUAAUUGGUUUACUUGAAAGUUAUAGCAUUUACAAAUGCGGUAUAGAUACUGGAUUUUUUUUCAUACUAAUAAUGGCGCGGUGAUCAACGACUUAUAGCGGGACUGCGGGACUGGGGGACUGCGAGACUGCGGCGGGCAUUCUGACACUGGGGGGAACUGGCCAGGGACACCAAUACAGUGAUCAGUGUUCAAAAAAAGCACUGACACUGUACUAAUGGCACUGGGCAGGAAGGGGUUAACA